UCCACACCUCGCAACGAAAGCGAAGCUUAAACCGAACGAAAGCCUCACCUCUACCACCCUUCCCUCCUACUCCCAGUGUCGGCGCCACCCACCUCCAUUAUCAACCCCUCCUCCGAUCCCGAUCCCAAUCUCAAUUGCCACCAUGCUCGUCCAAGAGCGCUCCGCCCCGAAGCGCCCUUCGAGCCCCGACCACCCGCAUCACCACCACCGCAAACCCCUCGACCUCCUUUCCUGGGCCUCUGACAACGUCUACAAGAUCAUCUUCGCCGUCUUCCUCCUCGCCACUGCCGCUGCUGCUUUCCUUCUCCCCUCCAUCUCCGACACCGCCGCCCUCCUCUGCUUCGAACGAUCCCGGUCCACCCCCUCUUCUUCCGAUCCCUCUCUCCGCAUCCCUUACCCUGAAAUUCGCUUCUCCUCUAUCUCCCCUAUCCCUCCCCUUCCUGAUUCCUUUUCCUCAUUCCGCGCCGACCGCUGGAUCGUUGUCACUGCCCCUUCGUCCUCGAACUCGCCUUCGCUCCUUCGCCUCACCCGCCUCAAGGGCUGGCAGCUCCUCGUCGUCGGCACCUCCCAGACCCCCUCUGAUUGGUCCCUCAAGGGCGCCAUCUUCCUUUCCCUCGACUAUCAAGCUCGCCUCGGGUUCCACGUCACCGGCUACCUCCCCUACCACACCCACGUCCGCAAGUCCGUCGGCUACCUAUUCGCCAUCCAGCACGGUGCCAAGAAGAUCUUCGACGCCGACGACCGUGCCCAAGUCCUCGACGACGACCUCUCUAAGCACUUCGAUGUCGAUCUCGCUCGUGAGACCACCGAGAUCCUCCUCCAGUACAGCCAUCACGACCCCAAUCGCACUGUCAUCAACCCUUACAUCCAUUUCGGCCAGCGAUCCGUCUGGCCUCGCGGGCUUCCGUUGGAGAAUGUCGGAGAAGUCGGACAUGAAGAGUUUUACACGGAGGUCUAUGGAGGCAGGCAGUUCAUUCAGCAGGGGUUGUCGAAUGGGUUGCCGGAUGUGGAUUCGGUGUUCUACUUCACGCGCAAGUCUUCAGGCCUGGAGGCUUUUGAUAUCCACUUCGAUGGGGAUGCUCCCAAGGUGGCGUUACCGCAGGGGACGAUGGUGCCUGUGAACUCUUUCAACACUCUUUUCCACACACAGGCCUUCUGGGGUCUCAUGCUGCCAGUGUCGGUGAGCUCCAUGGCUUCUGAUGUCCUUAGGGGGUAUUGGGCGCAGAGGAUUUUGUGGGAGAUUGGGGGGUUUGUGGCUGUAUACCCUCCGACCAUCCAUCGAGUGGAUCAUUCUGAAUCUUAUCCUUUUGCAGAAGAGAAGGAUCUUCAUGUCAAUGUGGGGCGUUUGAUCAAGUUCUUGAUAUCAUGGAGAUCCAAGAAGCCAACAUUGUUUGAGAGGAUUUUGGAAUUGAGUUAUGCAAUGGCCGAGGAGGGGUUCUGGACGGAGCAGGAUGUGAAGUUCACUGCUGCGUGGUUGCAGGAUUUGCUUGCUGUAGGGUACCAGCAACCGAGGUUGAUGUCGCUUGAGCUUGACCGGCCAAGGGCUACUAUUGGACAUGGAGAUAGGAGAGAGUUCGUGCCAAAGAAGCUCCCUUCUGUGCAUCUUGGAGUGGAGGAGAUUGGAACUGUGAAUUAUGAGAUUGGGAAUCUCAUAAGAUGGAGAAAAAACUUUGGAAAUGUAGUGCUUAUCAUGUAUUCUAGUGGUCCUAUAGAUAGGACAGCAUUGGAGUGGAGAUUGCUCUAUGGUAGGAUUUUUAAAACAGUGAUCAUUCUGUCAGAACAGAACAGUACAGAUCUCGCUGUGGAAUAUGGCCAGUUGCAGAGCACAUACAAAUACCUACCCAAAUUGUUCAACCGAUAUACUGGUGCAGAUGGAUUUCUAUUCCUCCAGGAUGAUAUGAUUCUAAAUUAUUGGAACCUCAUGCAGUCUGACAAGAACAAGCUAUGGAUUACAAACAAGGUUGCUGAUUCUUGGGUUAAUGUGACCAUUGAUGGCAAUAGCACAUCAUGGUUUGUAACACAGAACAACAUGGUGAAAAAGGUGGUCAGUGAUCUCCCUGUCCAUUUUCAAGUUAGCUACAAAGAAAGUUCAAGCGAUGGCCAGCUCACCAUCUGCGGCAGUGAGAUAUUCUACAUUCCGCGGCGCUUUGUCGGAGACUUCAUAGAUCUCGUGGGACUUGUUGGUGAUCUAGAUAUCCAUCAGAAGGUUGCAAUACCAUUAUUCUUCAUGUCUAUGGAUACACCACAAAAUUUUGACUCCGAUGCUCUAGCAUCAAGUAUAUACAAGAAAGAUCUAUCAGUAAACAAUUCGUCUUUGAGUUACUACACCGCACAGGUCCCAGCUGUUUACCCAGUGAAUGUGAGAAAUGAGAUUGAUUUCAUUAAGCUUAUAAGAGUUAUGAGUGCGGGUGAUCCCCUUCUGAUGGAGCUUGUAUGACUAUAAAUACUAAACUAAAUGGAAAUUAGGAGAGUCCUGGAAAGGGAUUGAAAAGCGUUAUUAGAUACGAUUUUGGUUAUUGGUGUUGGGGGGUUGUUGUAAUAUGUGCUUAUUUGUAUUAUUUGUUCUUUUUUGUUUUUUUAUUUCUUUCUCCCAUUCAUGUAUGUUGUAGAAUUUACUUGAGAGUAAUCCAAAAGGUCGUUAGAUGCUGU